GGGAUACAAUUUUGUCCUAAUCAACCAACUUCAUCGAGAAAGAUUAAAUAAGUUGAUAGCGCGAUCUCGUACUAACACAUACUCUCUAAAUAUUGAAGAACUUGCAUGCGGCCUUCAAGCCACAACCGCGGUAUGAGUUCUGAUCUCAGACUUUGGGGGCUGCUUGCCCCUUCGCGUCGACAAGGAAACUGUGGACGACAAUGGGUUUAGAAUUAGAAUAGAACGAGGACCCUAUCGAACAAAUAGAGGAAAGGGCGGAAAGGGGCAAAAGUAAAGUCUAAGCGACAUAUGGCACGAAAAGGAAAUCCAAUUUCGGUAAGACUUGAUCUGAAUCGUAGUUCAGAUCCAAGUCGGUUCAGUGAUUAUUAUUAUGGUAAAUCAUUGUAUCAAGAUGUCAAUCUUAGAUCUUAUUUCAGUUCGAUACGUCCACCUACGAGACUCACCUUUGGCUUUCGUCUCGGUAGGUGUAUUAUUCUACAUUUUCCCAAAAGGACAUUCAUUCAUUUCUUUCUUCCCCGUCGACCACUACGACUAAAACGACGCGACAAAUCAAGACCCGGAAAGGAUAAGGGACGGUGGUGGGCAUUUGGGAAAGUCGGGCCGAUCGGGUGUCUUCAUUCAAGCGAGGGUACAGAGGAAGAACGAAACGAAGUGAGAGGCCGGGGGGCAGGGAAAAGAGUCGAGUCGAUCGACCGGGAGAAGCAAAACGAAAUCAGGAUUUGGCCGAAAAAGAUGCAACGUUAUGGAUACCAUGACCGAUCACCAUCGAGAAAGAAGAAUUUUUCUAAAUCACUUCGGGUGAGCGGGGCCUUCAAGCAUCCGAAAUACGCCGGGGUUGUAAAUGACAUAGCCUUCCUGAUAGAAAAUGACGACUCCUUCAGAAAAACAAAGUUAUUCAAGUUCUUUUUACCUAAGAAGUCCCGCUCUGACGGCCCGACGAGUCAUCUACUAAAAAGGACCCUCCCCGCUGUGCGCCCCUCCUUGAAUUAUUCGGUCAUGCAAUACUUUUUUAAUACAAAGAACAAAAUGCAUUUCGACCCCGUCGUAGUUCUCAAUCAUUUCGUGGCACCGGGUGUGGCUGAACCAUCUACGAUGGGGGGAGCGAAGGGAGGAAGCUUAGAUAAGAGAAUACGCUCUCGCAUCGCUUUUUUUGUAGAAAGCUCGACCAGCGAGAAAAAGUGUUUGGCCCGAGCCAAAAAGAGGUUGAUCCACUUCAUUCGCCAAGCGAAUGAUCUUCGCUUCGCGGGAACAACAAAAACCACCAUCUCGCUCUUUCCUUUCUUCGGUGCUACCUUUUUUUUUCCAAGGGAUGGGGUUGGGGUGUAUAAUAACCCAUUUUUUGAGUAUGCCCGGGAACAACUCCUAGGUCAAUUAAGGAUCAAAUGUAGGAACCUCAUGGGUAAGGAUAAGGUAAUGGAAUUGAUAGAGAAAUUCAUAGACCUAGGUAGGAUAGGCAAAUUGAUAAAGGGAAUAGAGAUGAUGAUAGAGAUCAUACUGAGAAAGAGGAUAAUUCCGUACGGGUACAACUCUUAUUUGAACGAAGUGCAAAAAAUGCGAUCUUUUUUGUCUAAUAGAACAAACACUAAUACCUUAAUUGAGUCGGUAAAGAUCAAAUCAGUUUAUCAAAGUGCUUCUCUGAUUGCUCAAGACAUCUCUUUUCAACUGAGGAACAAUCCAAUCUCAUUUCGUUCCAUUUUUAGUCAAAUAGUGAAGGAUAUUCCUUUAAUAAUGCCAAAAGGGGUGGAGGGGAUACGUAUUUGUUGUUCUGGUCGAUUAGGGGGUGCGGAAAUAGCUAGAACUGAAUGCGGAAAGUAUGGAAAAACAUCUUGUAAUGUAUUUAACCAGAAAAUCGAUUAUGCUCCUGCGGAAGUAUCUACUCGUAACGGAAUUUCAGGUGUCAAAGUGCGGAUCUCAUAUAGUCAAAAUAAGAGGGGACGUGCUAUAUCCGAAACGUACGAAAUAUAGUAAAUAUAGUAAAUGCAGAUGUAGUAGGGGUCGCGAACCGGAUGGUACACAACUUGGUUUUGGAAGAUAUGGCACCAAAAGUAGUAGAGCUGGUCGUCUUUCAUAUCGAGCCAUUGAAGCAGCGCGUCGGGCUACAAUCGGACAAUUCCAUCGUGCUAUGAGCGGACAAUUCCGAAGAAAUUGUAAGAUAUGGGUAAGAGUUCUCGCAGAUCUUCCUAUUACGGGGAAACCCGCAGAAGUUCGAAUGGGAAGAGGAAAAGGAAAUCCUACGGGUUGGAUUGCUCGUGUGUCCACGGGACAAAUCCCAUUUGAAAUGGAUGGUGUGAGUUUGUCAAAUGCUCGACAAGCCGCUAGAUUAGCGGCGCAUAAACCAUGUUCGUCAACCAAGUUUGUUCAGUGGUCGUAACGUAAUUGGUUAGUGGGGAAAAACCGGGCCGGGACUCAAAAGAAUUUUACGAAGUGUUUGUUCCUGAACGAGGGAAGUGGAAAGACAAAGAGGGAUAGGGAGCUCGCCUCCUUCUUUUUUGUAAUCGCCGAAAUUCAAAUUGUACGACGACCCUUCUUGUUCCAGGCAUACGACCCUGAGACGUGACGGUGUCACUUUUCCGGCCCGGUAAAGUGACAGUUAUAUAAA